UAGAUGGUAUACUAGGACCAACCCCCGCCUCGUCCUAAGGAGCCUACAUGGGGCUACGCCAAAUCGCCCAGAAACUACUUCCACGGGUGACCACGAGGGUAGCCUGGGUCCCAGGUCACAAAGACGUACUAGGAAACGAAGAAGCCGACCGACUAGCAAAGGAGGGUUCAGAACUCCCUUGCCACUCGAGAAACUACUCUACCAUUACCUUCAUCAAGAGGUAGGUAAAAAAAAAACGCAGGGAAAUACAGGACGACAACUGGAACGACAACUACCCAGAGUCCUACAAGGCAGGUAGAUGGGGCCUCUACAAAGCCCCCUCUAUGCCC